CCCAACAUCACUUCGUUAUAUAAUUAUUUGUAACAUCAAGAAAGCAACAAGAGGGAUAAUAAAUUGAAGACUCACAAACCACACCAAACUUUCUAUAAUUUCCAAUAAUGGCAAAAACAGUAAGUCUCUGGCAGAGAGAGGCCGUGUUCUUGACGGCAAUGAUGGCAGUCGAAACCGGCGUGGUCGGAAUAAGUACUCUGUUCAAAGUAGCAACUUCAAAGGGACUUAACCUUUAUGCUUUCCUCGGCUAUUCUUAUCUUCUAGCUUCUCUCCUUCUUCUGCCUUCUUUUAUCUUCUCCAACAGAUUAAGAUCACUUCCUCCACUAAGUUUCUCAAUACUUUGUAAAAUAGUACUUCUUGGAUUACUAGGAUCUAUGUAUGUGAUCACAGGAUACAUAGGCAUCAAAUACAGCAACCCAACCUUAGCCUCCGCCAUUAGCAAUAUCACUCCUGCUCUUACCUUUAUCCUCGCCAUUAUCUUCAGGAUGGAAAAAGUAUCAUUCAAAGAAAGGAGCAGUGUAGCGAAAGUGAUGGGGACUAUAUUGUCACUAAUAGGCGCACUUGUGGUGGUUCUUUACCAUGGUCCACGUGUCUUUGUCGCAUCUUCUCUGCCGUAUGUAAACUUCCGUCAGUUUUAUCCAUCGUUGUCAUCUUCAAAAUCUGAUUGGCUCAUCGGUGGUGCUCUUCUAACUAUAAGAGACAUCUUCGUUUCAGUCUCUUUCAUUCUCCAGGCAGAAAUAAUGAGUCAAUAUCCAGCAGCAUUCACAGUCUCCUUCCUCUACACUGUAUGUGUUUCAAUCGUGACCACGACGAUUGGACUAGUAGUCGAAAAGAACAAUCCAAGCGUUUGGAUCAUUCAUUUCAAUAUUACUUUGAUAACAAUUGUAACUAUGGCUAUAACAACUUCAGUAUACUAUGUGAUUCAUUCGUGGACAGUACGCCACAAAGGACCUUUGUAUUUGGCGAUAUUUAAGCCAUUGUCGAUCUUAAUAGCAGUGGUUAUGAGCGCAGUUUUUCUCAACGAUUCUCUCUAUCUCGGAUGUUUGAUCGGAGGAAUUUUGAUAACGUUGGGGGUUUACGCUGUGAUGUGGGGAAAAGCAAACGAAGAGAAGGAUCAGUUGUUGUUACUUUCGGAAAAAGAGAAAACCCCUCUUCUAGUGAACAGCUACAAUGACCCAAUUUAAAUUAAAAAUAAAUUAGAACCAAAGAGGAAUUUACGUACUCUUAGUUACACUUUUGGGUAAGUUGUGCAUAUUUAUACAUGCAUACUAUUACUGUAUUACAUUACAUAUUGCUUUGUAUAUAAAUCUGAAAACUUACUAUGUGAAGACUCUAAAUAUGACCUCCUAAAUUUUUAUAUAGAAUUUGAUGCCGUAGGCGUAAGCGAACA